AUGUCUUUUGGAAGACCUCCUUCUAUUAAUGUAGGUUUCAAGGUCACUGCCCCGGAUCGCGGAUCGUUUCCCCUGGAUCAUUAUGGUGCGUGGAAAUUUCAAGUAAACAUUUUGUUCAGGGCUGAUAAUAGGUACACCCAACCAGGGGAGUGCAAGGAUAAAAUGCAGCAAUAUAUGGCAUGUUUGAAGCAAAACGGGAGCACAUCUACUCCUUGCAGGAAUCUGAGCAAGGAAUAUCUUGACUGCCGCAUGAACAAAGGUCUCAUGGAGCGGGACGAGUGGAAAAACCUUGGUCUCUCCAAUGUAGAUAACAAGUCUAAACCUUCUGAAUCAACCAAUGCAGGGGCCUCUGCAUCAGACGACAAGUCGUCAACUCAAUGCCGCGCGUAG